AUGACCAUGGACCACAAGAGUUUCUCGGCGCGCUUCCGACGCAACCACAGAAAAACCAACGCCUCGCCGCCCUCGGCACACUCGCCAGUCGCUGUCACCACCGACGGCAGCGACUCUGCCGCCCACCCGCCGCCCGCACACGCGCCCCCAGUCCUCACCAUCACCACCACGGCCGCCGCCACGCCGCCGCGCUCCAGUCACAGCGACCACAGCAUCUUCCACCCGCCCAAGUCGCCCUUUCGCAACUUCCACUUCCGCUCUUCGCUCAAGCGCGCCCGCUCGCCCGCCCCCGCCGAGCUCCCGCACCCGACCUCGCCUGCUGUCGUCAACCAGGAUGGUACCGUCGAGCACGACAUGACGUCGCCCGACAAGAGUCCCGCCUCUGCGCGGACCCGUGCCAAUGGCGGGGAACACGGGAUCCAAGGGGAUGCAGAGACCGGGUCACUGCGCCAGCAGCAGCAGGAGCCGCAGCAGCCCAAGAUCCCCGCAUUCCUGACCAUGUCCGAGCAGGACAUCCUCGCAAAGUACACCGAGAUCACAUGGAACGAACGCAACCGCUUGUUCCGCGCCGUCACGAAUACGUCGCCGACCUUCAAGUUUGCUCGCGUAGACUCGGCCUUCCGAGAGCUCGACCGCUACGGCAACAUCCAGCCCUACAACAAUAAUCGUGUCAAGCUGCGCGUCCCGGACGGCAACCCCGACUACAUCAAUGCCUCGCCCAUCGCCCUGGACUCCCCCCUCAACCCCGACGGACGCCCGCCGCACAAGUACAUCGCCAUGCAGGGGCCGACCGAGAGGACGUCGGAGCACGUGUGGCGCAUGGUCUCGGAGCAGCUGGCUAGCCCGGCUGUCAUGGUCAUGCUGACCGAGACCCAUGAGAACAACAUGGAAAAAUGUUACCCUUAUUACCCGGACGCCGUGGACGAGACCCUCGAGGUCGGCGAGGACGACGAGUUCCAGGACGGGUUCCGCGCCCAGGUCAAGUGUGCCGAGAUAGAACAGAAGGCCGACGGCGCCAUCGAGAUGCGCAAGCUGACGGUCCACGUCGACGGCCGUGACGACGACAUGGAGGUCUGGCACCUCCUGUACAAGAAGUGGCCCGACUUUGGCGUGCCCGCGCUGGGCGAUAUUGACUCCUUCUUCGAGUUGAUGCGGCUUUCCCGCGAGAAGAAUGCCAGCGACGACAACCCCCGUAUUGUCCACUGCUCCGCUGGUGUCGGCCGCAGCGGGACUUUCAUCGCCCUGGAGCACUUGAUGCGCGAGAUCGACUCGGGCGACCUGGAGCGGUACGACGAGGCCCGGGGCGCCGAUGCCUCGGAUCUGGUGUUUGACACGGUCAACGAGCUGCGAGAGCAGCGCAAGAUGAUGGUCCAGGCCGAACCGCAGUAUAUCUUCAUCUACCAGGUGCUGCGGAAACAGUGGCUGGACAAGUAUGGCGAUGCGGAUGGCGUAGGAGGCGAGCCGGCGGCGAAACGGCUCGAGGUCGGCCAUGAUCCUUUCGUCGAGGACAACUAG